AGAAAAUUGGUUUAAAUUCAUACUGAUGGAUCAUCUAUCCAUCGUUUAUUAGGACAUCACCCCAAAACUAUCCUCCCGCUCACAACUCAUAAAUAAAUUAGAAAUAACGCUCACUAACCACUCAAGUUAUCGAAAGAUAGUCAUGUUAUUUAGCAUUUUCUUUGUUUUCAAAACUUUAUGACAUUCAUUUUUGGUUAGCCAAAUUUUUUUUGGAAACUCCAGGAUAAUCUUUUGGGCGAGCAUCGGGUAAAUUCUCUACUAAGAUGAAAACUAUACAGGCAAAUUUUAUGUGUCAUGCUCGACUCAAGCAAAUCUUAUCCGACACGCUCGGAGAAUGAUUCGCUCGAUUCAAAAGACAUUAAAGGGGAUUGAUCCUGGAUCAAUCACGUGAAUGAACUACCUUCCAAACUAACUGAGCUAGAGCGGACUAAUUAGCCCAUUUGGAAAAUGGUUAUUUUGUGGAUUUUUUCAUGUGGAUGAUGACAAGUUUGGUUGGACCAAAAUAUUAUGCCCAAUCAAUAGACUCUUCCAUUGAUCAUGUAAAAAUCUGUUCGACAAUUCUUCCCGCCAAAGUCCGUUCUGAUUCAUCUUUACGUCCCAAAUUGCAGUGAACAGUUUCAAUUAAUGGAGCUAGAGCUCAAGAUCGAUAUUAUUUUUUCUAUGUGUUUCUGAACAAGAAAUCAAAUGUUCUACCAACCAUGGCCUUAAUUUUUGGUUGCACUGUAAAUUCUCAAGACCCUUCUGUAUUUCCUAAACUCCAUACCAGCAAAUCAAUCAAACAAUUCAAUUAUUUGACCACCAAAACUAGCUCCCUACAGCACACCCAACAACCCCUUUACGCCAAAAUCAUAUUUUUAUGUUCUUCUUCAAUACCCUCUAAGGAUAUGAGCUAUAUCCACUCUCUUUUCACUCAAAUACAUGAACCAGAUAUCGAUGUUUAUAAUUCUAUAAUGAGAUGUGUUUUAAGCACUAAAUGUAAGGAAAAUGCUUUACUUGGUUUUGUAAUGUAUGUUGAGAUGAUGUGUAAAGGUUUAGAUUUGGAUAAAUACACGUACCCUCUUGUGAUAAAGGCGUGUGUAGAGUUACGUGAGCUGAGAUAUGGCAGAUUGGUUCAUGCCCAUGUGAUAAAAAAUGGGUUUGCGUUGGAUUUGUAUGUAGUGAACAAUUUGAUGCGCUUGUAUGGUGUUUGUGGGUGUGUUGGGAGUGUAAGGAAGGUGUUUGAUAGAAGUCCUGUGAGAGACUUGGUAUCUUGGACUAUUUUGAUUCAGGGAUAUGUGGACAAUGGUUAUUGGAAGGAAGGAGUGGAUUUGUUCUUUGAGAUGGUAGAUGACGGGUUAAGGGCUGACGAGAGGAUGAUGGUUGUUGUGAUAUCUGCGUGUGCGAAAUUAGGGGAUUCGAGAUUGGGAAAGAAGUUGCACAAAUAUGUGCAGAGUCAUAAGUUGAAUUUUGAUGUGUUUCUUGGGAAUGCAUUGGUCGAUAUGUACUUAAAAUGUGGUGAACGGGAUGUUGCUCUUGAUGUUUUCAGAGAGAUGCCGAUGAGAAAUGUGAUCUCUUGGAAUACAGUAAUAUCUGGAUUGGCUCAAAGAAGGGAGUUUAAACAGGCGUUGAGUGUGUUUAUUGAAAUGCAGGAUCAAGGAGUAAAGCCUGAUGAGAAUACUUUAGUUGGUGUUCUGAACUGUUGUAGCAGUUUAGGGGCGCUAGAAGUUGGGAAAUGGGUGCACAGAUAUAUAGAUAGAAAUCGGAUUCAAGUAGCGGGGUUUGUGGGCAAUGCUCUUGUAGAUAUGUAUGCAAAGUGUGGAAGCAUGGACGAUGCCCUUAGAGCUUUUGGAAGUAUGACUACUAAAGAUGUUUAUUCAUACACAUCCGUUAUAGUUGGUUUGGCCACACAUGGAAAGGCACGGAUGGCACUUAAGUUUUUCUAUGAAAUGCUUGAUAUUGGCAUAAAACCAAAUGAAGUCACGUUUGUAGGUGUUCUCACAGCUUGCAGUCAUGGAGGACUGGUGGAAGAGGGUCACAAGUUCUUUACAGAUAUGUGGAGAGUGCACAAAUUAAAACCUCGAAUAGAGCAUUAUGGCUGUAUGGUUGAUCUGUUGGAUCGUGCAGGGUUGAUAGAUGAAGCAAUGGAGUUUGUGAAACACAUGCCAAUUGAACCUGAUGCUUCUAUUUGGGGAUCGAUAUUAGCAGCAUGUAGGAUACAAGGAAAAGUUGAACUGGCUGAGCAUGUGACUGAAAUACUUGUCAAUAUGGAGUCCGAAAAAGAUGGUACAUACAUACUGAUGUCAAACACAUAUGCUUCAGUCAGUAAAUGGAAAGAUGCUUUAGAAGUAAGAAAGGCAAUGAAGAGACAGAAAAUAAAGAAAGUCCCUGGAUGUAGCUCCAUUGAACUUGAUGGUGUUGUUUCUGAAUUUAGGAGAUGCGACAAAGCCCAUCCACGAAGUAAAGACAUAUAUGCGAUGGUUGAGCAAUUGACAUUUCAUCUAAUUGGCACAGAAGCAGAUGGAAGUGAGUCCUGCAUAAUUUGAAUGGUGCAAAGGAACAGCAAUUAUUCCCUUUAGUUGAAUGCAUUAUGAUUUGAAGCCAGAAUUGCCAGUUAAAAGGCAUGAGAUCUUUCUUAGCCCUCAAGGAGAUGACCAAGUAGUCGAAGAACUGGAGUUACAACGCAGGGAACAAAAGUUCAAGCCUCAGCAAAGGUAACAAACACUUCCCAGUUACCUUGUCUUAUCUGCAAAGGACUACAUCUUAGUUAUGACUAAAUCUAACAUAAGUUAUUAGUAAUCCUAUUCUGAAUUCGAUGGCGUUGAUGUAUUCAAGAAUAUAUAAAUCUUAGUUUAUGACUAAAAUACGAAAGAUUCAAUGAUCAGGGUACUCAUAACUGCAAGCUUGGCCUCAAAUGGCUUAAGAGGCUCUUGUGUUGGUUGCCUGCCCACAAAAUUCCUUGUGAAGCAAAGACAGGAAUAUUAUACUCAAUCCUGAGAUGUUUGAGUUGUGUUGGACCUAAAUUCUUGUGAAACAAUAGAAUUUGAUCAAUCCAAUAUUUGUCGUUAAGGUGGAGAACUGAACCUAGAAUUCUCUUUCUUCAUCAUCAAUCGAAAAGACAAUAAUUGGCGUACAAGGGAAAUAUGCAGUUAGCAGCAGAGUUCUUAGGUGGUAGAGCACUGUGACGUAUAGGGAAGCAUCUCAGUUAGCUUAUUGAAACAACAGAAUAUAUAUCUUCUGAUUUCCGUUAGCUACGGGUUUGGUAAAACUCAAUUUGUUACUCUUCCUUUCUUUUUAGUCCGUUUCAAUAAAAUGACUCUUUCCCUUUUUAA